UUGAUUUUCCAUUGGUCAGUCCCUGGUCACGUGACCUUCCUUUCUGAGGCCGCAAAGCCGGGGAGGCAGCAACAAGUUCAGCUGAAGACUGAAGCAAGAGCUAAGUCAGGCGGCAGCCUCAGCAGCCUCCGGGACAACUAUGGCCUCCUGCCCAGACUCAGACCACAGCUGGGUGCUUGCCGGCGCAGAGAGCCUGCCUGUGGAGACCCUGGGCCCAGAAUCCAGGAUGGGCCCAGAAUCUGAGAGACCUCCCCAGGCCCCUCGGAGCCCCUCCAAGGUAGCUGCUGAAGAAUUAGCUGGGACCUUGGAUGGAGAAGAGACAGAGUUACAGAGUGAGAGCUCCCCAUCUGGGCCCAUUCUGCCAGAGGAGACUGAGGCCAAGGGCAUUCUGGAUGGUGAUGGUUGUGGAAUGGAGCCGCCUGGCCCAGAAGACACAGAGGCCCAGGGAGACUUGGAGGAGACCCCUGUCGUGGUAGACCUGGGACCAGACACACAGGACCUGGAGGAUGAGAGUCCCCCCGACAGCCUGGCCUCAUCCCCCAAAACAGCUUGGAUCAGGGAGGAGGCCCACUGCUCUACCAGUGAGGAUGACACCGACGUGGAUGUGGGGGGUCUGCGGAGACGGCGGGGCCGGGAGCCCAGCACUCCUCAGCCCGUGGCCCCCGUCGGGGUUAAGGACCAGGCCAGGGGCGAGGGUGCAGGCGGGGAGCUGGGCAUCUCCCUCAACAUGUGUCUCCUUGGGGCCCUGGCGCUGCUGGGCCUGGGGAUCCUCCUCUUCUCUGGUGGCCUCUCAGAGUCUGAAAGUGGACCCAUGGAGGAAGUGGACCUGCAGGUCUUCCCAGAUCCCGGGUCGGCUACUGAGAGGCUGGAGGCUGCGGGAGAUGGGCAGGAUGAGCUAAGGCAGCAGCUGCAGGCCUCAGCGCCCCCUGACAGUGUCCCCAGCCUGCAGAACAUGGCCCUUCUGCUGGACAAGCUGGCCAAGGAGAACCAGGACAUCCGGCUCUUGCAGGCCCAGCUGCAGGCCCAGAAGGAAGAGCUUCAGAGCCUGAUGCAUCAGCCCAAAGGGCUGGAAGAGGAGAAUGCCCGGCUCCGAGGGGCUCUACAGCAGGGCGAGGCCUCCCAGCGGGCCCUGGAGUCAGAGCUGCAGCAGCUGCGGGCCCAGCUGCAGGGGCUGGAGGCUGGCUGUGUCCGGGGCACAGAUGGGGUGUGCCUCCACUGGGGCAAAGGCCCACAGGGUGGCAAGGCCACCAAGGAGCAGGGCCUCAGGGGGCAGGAGCCGAGCCCUGGCUUCCUGGAGCAGAAGGAACGGCUGGAGGCUGAGGCCCAGGUGCUAAGGCAAGAGUUGGAGAGGCAGCGGCGGCUGCUGAGUUCUGUGCAGCAGGACCUGGAGCGGAGCUUGAGGGAUGCAGGCCGAGGGGACCCAGCCCAUGCUGGCCUGGCUGAGCUGGGCCACAGGCUGGCCCAGAAGCUGCAGGGCCUGGAGAACUGGGGCCAGCGCCCUGGGAUCUCUGCCAAUGCUUCAGAGGCCUGGCGUCAGGAACCUCACUUCCAGAGUUCCAGGGAGCGGAGUGGAAAGGAAAAGAGGUGGGAUGGGCAAGGGGACCGGAAGACUGAGCGUUGGAAACUUAAGAAGGAGGAAACUGGCCGGGAAAAGAAGAGCUGGGCGGGUGAAGAGGACAGGGAGUUGGCAGGGAGGUGGAAGGAGGGCAAGCCAAGGGUGGAGGAGUGGGCCAGCAAGGAUGGCAAGCGACAGGGUUCCAAGGAGCCCCCCAGGAAAAGUGGGGGGUCCCACUCCUCCAGAGAAAGGCAGAAGCACCCUCGGUGGAAGGAAGGGGCUAAAGAUGGGCAUGACCCCCUACCACUCUGGGCAGAGCUGUCGAGGCACAAGUACCGGGCACCCCAGGGCUGCUCAGGUGUGCACGAGUGUGCCCGGCAGGAGGGCCUGGACUUCUUUGGCAUGGAGCUCGCCCCAGUGCGGCAACAGGAGCUAGCCUCUCUGCUGAGGACCUACCUGGCGCGGCUGCCCUGGGCUGGGCAGCUGAGCAAGGAGCUACCCUUCUCUCCUGCUUACUUUGGUGAGGAUGGUAUCUUCCGCCACGACCGCCUUCGCUUCCGGGACUUUGUAGACGCCUUGGAAGACAGCCUGGAGGAGGUGGCAGUGAGACAGACAGGUGAUGACGAUGAGGUGGAUGACUUUGAGGACUUCAUCUUCGGCCACUUCUUUGGGGACAAAGCACUGAAGAAGAGGUCUGGGAAGAAGGACAAACAUUUGCGGAACCCCAGAGUUGUGGGGCCCAGGGAGGAGCACAGCCACCACCGCCGGGGCUGAGGCCCUGCUUAUCUGUCCCCUGGGAACCGUUAAACUGCCACCUCCCCUGGCUGGUUUGGUGUCCUUGGAUAUCCUUCACAGCCCUGCACUGAUACCACUUUCUCUAGAAAAAGGCCUUAGCUGGACCUGCCUUGCUAUCUAUGCAAAUGUAUGCAAAUGCUCAGGGCCCUGGGCCGUGACCCUUGCAGCCUGAUUGUGUCAUGCCAAUGUGAAGGGGGAUGGGAGAAAAUCCUGUUUUUUCGUGGGGUGCAGUGGAGGUAGGGGUGUGGAGGCAAUUCUGACUCUGAAGCCAAAGUGCUUUCCUCCUCUUGUGUGUGUGGGGGCCCCAGAGUGGCCCCUUGGCUGCACGCACUGCCCUGUGCCCCCUGGGGUUUGACUAGCCUUGCUGGCUGGAGGCCCAGCAUGAGGGUUUUCCCUGGGGUUUUGUUAGAUUUGGAAGGAGCUGUCCCCAGGAGAUGAAGUCCCCUUUUUAGCCCUGCUCCUUUUGUGGCCUCACCUCCCCAUGUGAACUAUAGACUCAGAUCCCAAUAAAAUGCUAUUGGAGCUGUGACAUUGGGUGGGGGCUCUGUCACUUGGGGCUGUUCCUAAGCACAGCGGACACCCACACCCACCAUCUCGUGGGCGCUGGUACUCGCAUUCUCCCAUAUACUCCUCUCCCCCUCACCUCACCCUCCCAGCAAACCUCAGGCCCCCUGGGCUAGAACUCCCCAUUUUGCUCACAGCUGCCUUGGCCGCACCCCUGGGAGAUGUGGAAAUAUGCGAGUGGGUUUGGGAGUCGGAGCCUUGGGCUCAAAUCCAGGCUGAGUGAUCUUGGGUAAGUUAAUCUCUGGGAGACUUGGGCUUCUAAUCUUCAAAAAAGGAGAUUGAGGGGCUGGGGAAGAGAUUAAAUAAAGCAGUGUAAACAAAA